AUCAACAAUCCCUGUAUCGGUCGGUUAACUCCAGCGUUCGACCGGCUUCGAGGGUAAUUCAUUGUAGGAUUCGCAAUCGGUGGUACAUUCGGCAGUAAAAUUUGUCUCAUUAAUCAGGAUGAUUAAGAAAGUUGUUAUUUUCGGGGCCACGGGAAUGACUGGCCUCUGCGCUCUGAGCGCUGCGGUUGAAAAAGGACUGCAGGUGACAGCCUUUGUGAGGGACGAAGCUAAAGUUCCGCUCGACAUUAAGGAGAAGGUGAAUGUUGUCGUUGGCGAUGUUACAAAUCAAGAACAAGUUUCUAACGCUGUGUCUGGUCAGGAGGGUGUCGUUGUUGUCCUAGGAACAAGAAACGAACUAGCGCCGACUACGGUACUUUCUGAUGGUAUGAAAAACAUAGUCGAUGCUAUGAAAAAGCACAACGUCGAAGUGGUCUCUGUGUGUUUAUCAGCUUUCCUGUUUUACCCACCUGAAAAGGUGCCGGCAAUUUUUAAGGCUUUGAAUGCCGAUCACGAACGCCAGUUUGAAAUAACUAAAAUGAGCGGGCUGAAAUGGAUUGCUGUAUUACCACCUCAUAUCGCAGAUGCUCCAAGCACGAAAUAUGUUAUCAAGUACGAUGAAUCUAGCGGCCGUGCUAUAUCUAAGUAUGAUUUAGGCGCUUUUUUAAUAGAAAGUCUCAACCAGCCAGAACACUACCACAAGGUAUGUGGCAUCGCGAAUGUUUGAUAAUUGAUUGAAUUUUUUAAAUCUUCAUGUUGUCUUUCCUCAAGUUUUCGUACAAAAUAUCAAUAAUGUAAUGUUCAAUUCAACAAUAUUCUAUUCUAAUCGAUUUUUUGCACACCCAUUUUUUAUUCUUCUAUUUCCAAUUCUUGCAUUCAUGAAUCGGGCUAGAAAAAGACUUAUUAUUGUUUUAACUGUCUGAGCGACGAGUUAACAAUACGAAUCACUUUCCGUUAAUCCAAAAAAACAGCUUUGUCAAUUCUCAGAUAACAUUUUUGCAGCAUUCCAGUUGACCUUAUUAGAUAUUUUUAAUCUGUAAAUCAGACAUAAAGACAAAACUAAGGAAACACAAGUUUUUUAAAGUUCGUUGUUUGGUAAGGAAUUGAAAAUGAAAAAUGUCUAAUAAGAAGUAAAAUUCUGGUAGAUGUACUGGAAUAUCAGAUUAGAAAUCGUUUUAACAAAUUGACCAAUAUUGAAUAUCGUGAGAGCUUCUUUUGAUAUAUUCAUUCGUUCUAAUUUUAACUGUUUAGUGCAGCUAUAGUUAAAGUGUAAAUCAAGUCUAUCUUAGUUAUUGAAAAAUUAAGAAUAAUGGUGCAAUAGAUCCAGUUUGGUAUUUGUAUCGUCGGUCAAUUGGUUUCGUAUCGCAAUGCAUGCGUGUCUUUGGAAAAUCUACAAUACAACAAAUUUGUUAUCAAACGAAGUAGCAGUAAAUCAAAGCGCGGAGAGACUAGAGUUUCAUUCGCAAGUAGCGUAUAGUUUGAUUGCGAUAUCUUGGUUUGGAAUUAUAUUCGCAAUUAGGCAGGAGUAAAUAGUGUAUGUGAUAAGAAAGUUUGAAUUCAUUGGACAUUUUUACUGACUCAGGUACACAUAGUUAUAAAACAAGUAUAUUUUAAGCGGAGCCGUUGAGGUGAUUGCAGGGAAUAUCACAGAAAUUGUAAUAUAUACAUAGUACUGUACACGUGUUACAUGGUUACACAUUGUUGAUAAGGUCAUUUGUUACAUAACCAGUAGUUGAAAAAGAAAGAAAAAUUAUAUAUAUCAUG